CGGCUUACCUCCCAUGGCGGGCAAGUGAUGCUGACCUCUGUUCGUACAGAAGGUAAAAAGCCCCAGCCAAGAUGUGCGCGCGCACUCGCCGACGAGGAAGAGUCAGAGUUACGCCUGUCCAAAAUUGGCGGGCCUAUUGUCCUCUGGCAGAGUUCUCUCCGCCAUUGAUCUUGGAUCCAACGGUUGCGGCAACGAGCCCUUGGCAUCAAGCUCCAGAUGGAGGCGCAGCGACUAGUAGUAGUACUAAUAAGCCCAUCCGCCUGCCACUGUUCCAUUCAGCCGCUAUAAGAACAGCCAGCAGUGCUGAGAUCAAUGGCCACCUGCAUAAAGAAGAGAUCAACGGUGGAGAAGGAACCCUUGGAGGAGGAGGAGGAGGAGGGGGAGGAGGAGGAGGAGAAGGAGGAGGAGACGGCGACGGUGGCGGGUCAGACCGUCCAGGACCAGUCUCGGCAGACGAGCGAAAUGACGACUCAUCUGUGGUGCUGCCGCCAGUUCUUUUUGCACGGGACGUUGUGGUGCAUGUUGGCGGGGCCGUUUGGGCCCUUGAUUGGUGCCCAUAUCCCGCCACCGAGAUUAGCCCCUUUGAGUACUUCGCCGUCGGCACGCAUCCUGCUGCACAGCCAUUUCACAAGAUUGGUGAGCCUGCGCAUGGGCCACUGAUCAUCCAGAUCUGGGCUGUGCGCAAUCAGGAUCCCGAUGGUAUGAUGGUUCCAGGCCGGUUGUAUCGGGACGGCAGAACGGAAGAUCUGCCGCGCAUGGUUAUGGGAAUAGCACACGAAGGGGGGACCACGUGGGAUGUGAAGUGGCGACCGGUGAUUCCCGAGAAAGGCCGGGGGGAAGCGACACAUGGCGGCAGCAGCAGCAGCAGGAGUCUCAAAGAGAAAACAGGGAGGAAGGUAGGGGGGCAGAAUGAAGGUAAGGUAGGAAGAGGAGGAGGAGGAGGAAUGGCGGGACGGGCAGGGGAAGUAGCUGGAGAUGAUGACAGGGAAUUACCGGAGAAGCAAGAGAAAGUAGGUGAGGGGCGUAAAGAGAGCAGGAAGAGAAGUAGCCUUGGGUACUUGGCGGCAGCGUUGGGCAAUGGUUCGGUAGAGAUCUACGAGGUUCCUGUUCCAGAUUGGGAGAGUAGGGCAACCACCUUCCCUUCUCCCUUUUCCUCCUCUUCCAGGCUUUCACGGUAUGGACGAGGCGACGAGGAAAUGGACGAAGAGGAGGGUGAGGAGAGCAUGGGAGAAGGAGAACGCUUGAACAGCCGCACGAUGGGGGAAGGGGGAGGAAUGGGAGGAGAAGGAGGUGGUUGGGGAGGGGGGACAAGAAGGGUAGGGGAAAGGACAGAAUCAGAAGGGGAUGAUGAUGAUGAUGAGGAGGAGGAGGAGGAGGAGGGGUCAGAUGUGUCAGAGGACCUGGGCGUAAUUCCGAGUGAGUACGAGUUCCAGAAGUCCGAUAUGAAGAGAGGAAGGGAUGGGAAACCUCGUCGAGACAGCUAUGGAGGAGGAGGGGGAGGAGGGGGAGAAACAGCGGGUAGCAUGCCCUCGUUGGCGGGAAUCAUUGUGAAACUUAGGCCUGUGUUUGUCUGUGAUGACCUACGUGUGGGAGAGAGGAGGAGUAUCCCAAUGACCUUGGCAUGGGCGCCGAAUGGGUACUGUGAUAGACUGCUGGCUGGGUGCCAUGAUGGGCGGGUAGCAUUGUGGAAUGUGGAUUUGGGGAGGAAUCGUAGGGCUAGGGGCAAGGGUGUGAAGAUGGAGGAAGCUCAGCAGCAGCAGCAAGACGAGGAGGAGGGGGAGGAGGAGGAUCAGGAGGAAGAGAGAGAGGAAGAUGGAAGAGUGACACGUGUACGUCCAUUGCUGUACUUCACUGCUGAUUCGGCGCCAAUCAGGGCGCUGGCGUGGGCACCGUAUGGAACUGGCGGCCGGUGGAGUCAGCAUUUUAUUGCAGUGGCUGGCAACUCUGGCCUACUUAGAUUUUGGGACCUCAGGGAUCCCUACUGUCCCAUUUGGGAGCAUCAUCUGUCCCGAGGGUGGGUGUUAGGGCUGACGUGGCUGUCUCAUCCCAGGUGCAUGCUGAUGUGUCUGGACGACGCAACGAUCCGGAUCUUAUCGUUCGAUGAUGCGGCGGCUGCGACCCCGGUGACGGGAAAAGGUGGGAGUCUGGGUAAGGACCACGGGAUGCAUGCAUACGUGUGCGGCUCUAGCACCAUCUGGGGGAUCGACGUGUCGCGACACACGGGACAGGUGGCAUACUGUAAUGCUGAUGGUAGGCUUUUCCGCUUUCAACUGACAAUCAAGGCGGUCACUAAAGGACACAGCCGGUACAGAGAGCUUCAUUACGUGUGUGGGCUUUUGGCGCGCUCUAACGAUCAUCCGAUGACGCCCAUGCUGGUACUCUGUCGGGAUUACCAGUCACAAACAGAUGGCUGCACCGCCGCCGCCGCUGCCGGUGGAGGGGCCGGGGGAACUACUCCACGUGGCAAACAAGGAGGCGGCGGGGGCGCAACAGCAGCAGCAGCUGACCGCGGCCUGCGGCCGAUGUGUAAGAAGAAUGUUCCACUGAUGCCGACGAUUAGCACAGGAGCCCAAUUAGGGUUGACAUCAGCGACUCCUGGUGGGGGGCUGUGGAUGAGUGGUUUGGGUCCUCUCGGAUCACCGCAAAGGGGGGGGAUGGAUCAUGGGGGGGAGGGUGGUGGUGGUGAUAAGGCUCACCACCUUGCGUCCCCUCCUCCCCCUCCACAUCCACGUGCUCCCGGUUCUGCUCCUCCCUUUCCUGCGCUUCUCUCUCCCCCUCCUCCUGCAGUGGCGGCUGUGGGGGAAGGUAUCGUUAGGUCGGGAUCGGGUCUCAAGCCAAUUUACACAAACAAUAAUAGUGCCAGCGGUGGGGGAAUGGUUGUCGGGGGAGAGCUAGGGUCUCCUAUGACCAUGGGAAGGUUUGUCAAACAAGCAGGAGAGAGAUUGGCGUCGACAACUGUGGCCCUGACACGUGUACGGUGGAACCCUAACAAAGCGAAUGCCAGUUGGGUCCUAUGCGGGUCUAGCGGAGGGCUUGUCAGAUGCCAACACCUGGAUUUUUGAUCUGAUCGUGCAUCCGGUUGGUGACUGGUUCGGUAGACUAUGGGCUUGAACACAA